GCCACGUCCGCGGCCCGCCGGGCCCCCGCCGGGUGCAUGCCCCGCGGCGCGGCAUGGACGGCCGCGACUUCGCGCCUCCGCCGCGGCUGCUGCCGGAGCGGGGCAGCCUGAGCCACCGGGCCGGCGCGGGCCGCGGCGCCGUGCAGCCCCCCGCGCACUUCCAGCCCGCCAAGUACUUCCCCGCGCCCAUCACCAUGGCGGCGCACACAGGGAGCGGACUGAUGGGGAACUCGCCCGCCUCGUCCUUCAUGGGAAGCUUCCUCACCAGCAGCCUGGGCUCGGGGGCGCCGAGCCACCCCUCGGGCCCCGCCGCGUCCCCCCCGGAGCCGGCUUUCCGCGGGCCGCACUCCGGCACCUCCCAGAUCUGGUUCUCGCACUCCCACGAAGCUCCGGGGUACCCCCGCUUCUCCGGGAGCCUGGCUUCCACCUUCCUGCCCAUGAGCCACCUGGACCACCACGGGAACGGCAACGUGCUCUACAGCCAGCACCGCUUCUACGAGAGCCAGAAAGAUAACUUCUACCUGCGCAACCUGCCCGCCCAGCCCACCCUGCUCUCCGCCAACCACAACUUCCCCAGCAUCGCCCGCGCCGCCCCCGGCCACCCCAUCGGCUCCUGCAGCCGGGAGCGCGAGGCCGGCCCCCUGCCCAAGACCCCCAAGGACUACGAGCGCUUCCUGGCGGGCAAGGACAAGGUGGGCAAGGGGGAGCCCAAGGAGCGGCCGCCCGAGGACGACGGCAAGGAGCGGCACAAGGCGGUGCUGCCGGUGACGCCCGAGGGGCUCUGCAAGGAGAGCCUGCCGCCCCGCGGCGCCUGCGACGGCCGCCCCAAGCACCUGGCCUCCUGCCUGCUCAACGCCAAGGCGCUCGCCGGCGAGGCCGGCAAGGCGGUGCUGCCCAGCUGCGCCGGCAGCGCCCUGCCGCGGCACGCCGCCGCCCGCUGCGCCAAGGAGCCCGGCCGGGCCGAGCGGGAGCUGGGCGCCCACGAGUCGCCGCAGCCCUACGGCGAGUGCCUGGAGCGGCGGCAGAUGCUGCACCACGCCGCGUCCUACACGGUGCCCUCCAGCCUGCCGGCCGGCCCGCCGCCGCUGAGCACCGCGGCCGGCUCCUUCCCGUGCCUGCCGCUGCACGCCGGCGCCGAGGUGCUGUGCCCGCUGGCGGACAAGGGCGGCCGGGAGCUGAAGCUCAGCGGGGCCACCAUGGUGCCUUCCGUGGGGCACCUGGCGGACAAGAGCAGGUCUUUCCAGGUGGCGGCGGAGAGCUGCGGGCUGGAGCGGCCCGAGGGCAAGGAGCGGCACGCCGAGCCCCCCGGCGCCGAGCCCCCCGGCGCCUACGGGCCCCCCUUCCACCCGCCGCUCAAAGCGGAGGGCAAGGCGGAGCGGCGCCUGGAGUGGGGCCCCCCCGGCCCCGCCGCCCGCCUCAAGGGCCUGGAGUACCUGGGUGGCAGCGGCGGGGCCGAGACCCCCUUCGCCGGCCUGGGCCACGCGCCCAAGGGCGGCUUGGAGAAGGGCGGCUACUUCGAGCCGGUGCCGGUGCCGCCGGCGGCGGCGGACUGCUCGCGGGCCGCCCACGCCGAGCCGCUGGGCGCCAAGCUGGGCCCCUCCUGCUGCACUUUAGAGAAGGGCCCCAAGGAGCCCCCCGGGCAGCCGCCGCAGAAGGUGGCACGCAUCCGGCACCAGCAGCACGCCGAGAUGGAGUCCGGCGGCGCCGAGGCCAAGCGCAAGCCCCUGGAGCUCAACGCCCUGGGCUACAGCGGGCCCCCGCUGCCGCCCUGGGGCGUGCAGGGCCAGGGCCCCCCCAUGGGCAUGCCGGAGGAGAGGAAGGGCUCCUACCUGGACCCCUUCAGCACGAGUUUGCAGCAGGCUGCAUUGAUGACUCAGGGCUCGGUGCUGAGCCAGGACAUGCCGACCCCCCCGGACGAGGUCUCGGCCAUGAAGAACCUUCUCAAAUACAGCAACCAAGCACUUAUCGUGGGCCAGAAGGCCCCGUUCGUGGGGCUGGGCGGCCUCAAGGGCAGCUGCGCCCACCAGGACGGCAAGUUCCCCCCGGGCAAGGGGCAGCCAGAGCUGGAGCGGCCCGACUGCGCCCGCAGCCGCGAGCACGAGCUGGGCCACGGCGAGGGCGAGGUGCGGCAGCCGCCCGUGGGCAUCGCCGUGGCCGUGGCGCGGCAGAAGGACACGCUGAGCCGGCCCGAGCCCUCCUACGGCGGCGGCUCCAGCCGGCAGAGCCGGGCGGGCAUCAAAGCGGGCACCGCGCGGCCCAUGCACGUCAUCGACCUGGAGGCGGAGGAGGAGCGGAGCCGGCUCUGCGAGGAGCGCCUGGGGCUGCCCGGCCGGGAGCUCCUGCUCCAGGAGAACAAGGAGCUGGUGGAGUUCGCCCGCAUCCACCCGUCCAGCGGCUGCCCCGGGGAGCUGGCGCCGCACCUGAUGAUCGCCGGGGGCUCCUCGCUGCAGCCCGGCCAGCUCGGCGGGGACCCGGCGGCCCACGCGCACCCGGCCCACGCGCACUGGCUGCCCCGCACCCGCAGCCCCUCCAUCUGGAUGGGGGGACACUCGUACGGCAUCGGCCACCCCGCGCUGCACCAGAACCUGCCGCCCGGCUUCGCCGCCUCCAUGCCCAGCACCAUGCAGUCCGUGUUCCCCCUCUCCCAGGACCCCCCUGCCCAGCUCGUCAUCCUGCCCACGGAGCCCACGGCCCACGGCACCCCCCACGCGCUGGCCGACGUCAUGGACCAGGCGUCGCUGUGGCCGCCCAUGUACCCGGGCCGGGGCCCCGGCGCCCACCUGCAGCACGCGGGGCAGCUGCCCGUGUACUCCCGCUCCCAGUUCCUCCGGCAGCAGGAGCUCUACGCCCUGCAGCAGCAGCAGCAGCAGCAGCAGCAGCAGCAGCAGCAGCAACGCGCCGCCCAGGCCCUGGAGAUGCAGCGCCAGGCGCACGCCCAGCGGAAGCCGGAGGAGCAGCCCCCGGAGCUGGAGGACGCCGGUGCCGAGAAGCCCCUCAGACCCUCCCACAAAGCAGUUGCCUUAAACCCCCCGGGCAGGGGCGCGUCCUCGGCGGCCCCCGGGCCCCCCAAGCUGUCCCCUUGCUGCCACUCGCCGGCGCUGCGGCACCCGGCCAAGUGCCCCGUGACCCUCCCCGCGGCCCCCUGCACUUUACCCGUCUGCCCCGCCGCCAGCUCCGCCGUGGCCCCCCGCUCGCCGGCUGACAGCCCCGUCCCGGCGCAGAGCAAGGGCGGCGACGCCGAGGACAAGCGCGGGGAGGGCCAGCCGCCCCGCGACUACCCCAAGUCCCUGGAGCCCGACCUGCCGCCGGGCUACAGCUACCCCGCGGCCGGCAUGGGCUUCUCGUCGCCGCUGGCGCCCGACGCGCACUCCGCCGAGCCCGCCGACCCCGACACUAUGCAAGCGGUCUCGCCGGCGGCCGAGCCCGAGCAGUCGCGGACCUUCAGCCCCGCGGAGGAGCCUCGCUGCGACGGCGGGGCCGUGCGGGAGCCGCCGGCCGGCGGGGCCGUGCCGGAGGGCCCCGGCCCGCUCCUGCACCGCCACCACCUCCUCCUCGCCCCGGCGCAGCGCUCGGCGGAGCUGGGGCCGCCGCCGCCGGUGGGGACCCCCGGCCCCACGGAGGAGCGGCCGCCGGGGCCCUUCGCGGUCCGCCUGGACGCGGCUCAGGGAGCGCCGGAGCGGCGCCCGGAGGAGCCGCAGGGCCCGCUGCCCGCGGCCGGGCCCUCCCUGCCGGGCUGCUCCGGGGCCGAGGAAGAGGAGGAGGGGGACAGCGAAGGCUCGGGGGCGGAGGCCAGCUGUGAUGAGGAGGAGGGCGAUGGCCCCGGCCUCGGGCGGGCGCCCGGCGGGCGGCAGGGCUGCCCGGGCGGGCUGGAGGCGCUCAUCGCCGCCGGCAUCGACCUGGGGGAGCUGCCGGCGCUGGGCUCGCCCGGCGCGCCGCCCCCGGCGCCCCCCUCGCCCGCCCCGCGCGCCGCGGGGCUCCCCGGCAUCGCCCUGCUCAGCGAGCUCGCCGACCUGGAGCUCCGGCAGCGCCGCUGCGACCUGGCCCUGGGAGGCGAGGACGAGGACGAGGACCUGCUGGCCUUCAACCUGCAGAACCUGGCCACGGUGGCGGCCGCCUGGUCGCUGGUGGAGGCGGCCGGCCGGGAGGGCAGCCCGCCGGCGCUGAGCCCCCUGCCCGCCUCCCCGCCGCCCCGCGUCCGCGCCCCCCGCCGCAAGUACACCUGGACGCCCAAAACCAAGGCCGUUUGCCCGCUGAAGGCGGCCAUCGAGCAGCUCGACACGCGGGAGCUGGAGGUGCGCAUGCGGCUCGCCGAGCUGCAGCGCCGCUACAAGGAGAAGCAGCGGGAGCUGGUGAAGCUGCAGAGGCGGCACGACCCCGAGCGCGACGAGAGCUCCCGGAGCCCGGCGCGGCGCGGCCCGGGGCGGCCGAGGAAGCGCAAGCACUGCAGCGCGCUGGGCAAGGGCGACGGCCGCAAAGUCAGGGCCGUGAAGAGCAGCCUGUCGCUGCUCUGCGCCGAGCUCCGCGGCGACCCGGAGCCCAAGAGGAAGAGGAGCAAGCUGGCCGAGGAGGCGUACGGCAGCGGGCAGAGCUCCCCGCUGAAGCAGAAGGCCAAGAGCAAAGGGCUGCCCGCCGGCAUCAGCCCCUUCCGCCGGAAAGACCCCAACCCCGGCAGCAGGAUCCAGAAGAAGCUGUCCCGCGCCAAGAGCUCCAAAGCCGCCGCCAAGUACCCGCUGCCGGAGCCCGGCCCGCGGCAGCCGGCGGGGUUCAAAGACGGGCACGACGCGGACACGGACAGCGAGGACGGUGACGACGAGCCGGGCUUGGCUCUGCUGCCCGCGGUGCCCGUGGCCGUGCUCGGGCCCUCCCCGUCCUCCGUGGUGAAGAUGGAGGCCAACGAGAAGGCAAAGAAGAAGAAGGAAAGGCAGGGACUGCUAGGACCCUGCCACCUCGGCAGCCCCGAGGGCGAAGUCAAGAUCAAGCGGCGGCCGGUGAAGCCGGGGGCCGGCAAGCUGGAGAAGGUGCCGGCCCGGAGGAAGACGGGCGCCUGCGAGGACGGCGCCAAGAAGAAGCUGAAGGCGAAGCCCAAGGAGAACCUGCGGCCGCCGGCCCCGAGCGGCCCCAGCGCAUCGGCCCCCAGCAACAGCCUCUUCGCCGCCUCCGAGCCGCGGCACUUCGGCUCGCGGGACGACGGCGCCCGCCUGGCCAGCGAGCGGCUCAAGAAGGCCACGCGCAAGAGCAAGGCACUGCAGUCGGCGCUGCGGCGGAAGAACGGGGCGCUCUCGCUGGCCCUCUCGCCCAGGAGCGCCAAGACCAUCCUCAGCAAGGGCAAGAAGCUGGCCAAGGUGAAGAGCAAGGUGACCAGCAAGCAGUGCAAGGGGCGGGCGGUGAGCAAGCUGCUGGAGAGCUUCACCGUGGAGGACGACUUCGACUUCGACGACAACAGCAGCUUCUCGGAGGAGGAGGAGGAGGACGGGGGUGGCCGCGGGCGGCAGUCGCCGCCGCACGCCUGCGCCAUCCAGAAGGAGGACCUGCGGGACGGGCUGCACAUCCUCAUCCCCAAGGAGGACAGCCUGCUCUACGCCGGCAGCGUCCGCACCAUCCAGCCGCCGGACAUCUACAGCAUCGUCAUCGAGGGCGAGAGGGGCAACCGGCAGCGCAUCUACUCGCAGGAGCAGCUGCUGCAGGAGGCGGUCCUCGACGUGCGCCCGCAGUCGCGGCGCAGCCUGCCGCCCGGCACCCGCGUCUGCGCCUACUGGAGCCAGAAGUCGCGGUGCCUCUACCCGGGCAACGUGGUGCGAGGCUCCUCCAGCGACGAGGAAGAGGAGGACGCCGAGGCGGUGAUGGUGGAGUUCGACGACGGGGACACGGGGCACAUCGCCGUGUCCAACAUCCGCCUGCUGCCGCCUGACUUCAAGAUCCAGUGCACGGAGCCGGCCCCCGCGCUGCUCGUGUCCAGCUCGUGCCGGCGGACCAAGCGGGCGUGCGGCGACGGGGGCCCCCCCGGCGAGCUGCUCCCCAGCCUCUGCCCCGACCGCCGCGACGGCCCCGCGUCCCCCAAGGUCUCCAGCAAGAAGGUGGCCGGCAAGGAGAAGAGCGGCAAAGCUGCGGAGAUGCUGUCGGGCAGCAAGGCGCCGGUGCUGAGCGACCCGUUCCUGGCGCGGCGCGGCGGGCCGCUGCUGAGCUGGUCGGCGGUGGCGCAGACGAAGCGGAGGGCGGCGAGCAAGGGCACGGCCAUGCUGCAGAACCUCUUCCAGGUCAACGGCAGCGCCAAGAAGCUGCGGGCCAAAGAGGCGCUCUUCCCCGUGCACCACCACGUCGCCGCCCCCGUCUUCGGCAACGGCUUCGGGGCCGACUCCUUCAGCCGCAUCGCCAGCUCCUACGCGUCCUUCGGGGCCGGGGCUGGGCUGGUGCUGCCGGCUGCCCAGAAACUCCUGCGCUCCAAGAAGGCCGAGCGGCUGGAGGCAGAAGUGGGCAAAGGCGGCCGGAGAAAAGCAGGCAGUGAGUACCUGGUCAAGCUGGACCACGAAGGGGUGACGUCCCCCAAGAACAAGAACUGCAAGGCCCUGCUGCUGGGUGAGAAGGACUUUGGGGCCAAGCUGGAGCGGCCCCUGGCCAGCCACGGCUAUGCCCACUCGGCCCUGGCGGGCAAGGAUAGGAAGGGGCGGGCGCCCGUGCACCAGCUGCCCAUGGGGCUGGCGCUGCGGAAGUACUCGGGCCAGGCCGAGUUCACCCUGAACUGCGACAGCGACUGCCACAGCUCCUACUCGGACAUGGACGAGGACGAGGAGGCGGGCGGGCUGGGCGCCGACGUGCCCUCGCGCUUUAUGACCCGCCUCUCGGUUUCCUCCUCUUCCUCGGGCUCUUCCACCUCCUCCAGCUCCGGCUCCAUCUCCACGUCCAGCCUCUGCUCCUCCGACAACGAGGACUCCUCCUACAGCUCCGAGGACGAGGACUCCACGCUGCUGCUCCAGACCUGCCUCUCGCACCCGGUGCCGGCGCUGCUGGCGCAGCCGGACGCCCUGCGCUCCAAGAGCAGCGCCCCGCAGCGCUGCUUCCUCCCCAAGGCCGCCGCCGCCGGCCCCAAGGCCAAGCUCAAGCGCAAGGAGGCCCUCAGCUUCUCCAAAGCCAAAGAGUUCUCCCGGCGGCAGCGCCUGCCCUCGGUGGAAAACCGGCCAAAGAUCUCCGCCUUCCUACCCGCGCGCCAGCUCUGGAGGUGGUCGGGGAACCCCACGCAGCGGCGCGGCGUGAAGGGCAAGGCGCGGAAGCUGUUCUACAAGGCCAUCGUGCGGGGCAAGGAGACGCUGCGCGUCGGCGACUGCGCCGUCUUCCUCUCGGCCGGGCGGCCCAACCUGCCCUACAUCGGCCGCAUCGAGAGCAUGUGGGAGUCCUGGGGCAGCAACAUGGUGGUGAAGGUCAAGUGGUUCUACCACCCCGAGGAGACCAAGCUGGGCAAGCGGCAGAGCGACGGCAAGAACGCCCUGUACCAGUCGUGCCACGAGGACGAGAACGACGUGCAGACCAUCUCCCACAAGUGCCAGGUGGUGGGACGGGAGCACUACGAGCAGAUGACCCGCAGCAAGAAGUACCAGGACCGGCAGGACCUCUACUACCUGGCGGGCACCUACGACCCCACCACGGGCCGCCUGGUCACCGCCGACGGCGUCCCCGUGCUCUGCUGACCGCGGCGCCCGCGGCCCCGCGCCGGCCUCGGCCCCGGGGCCACCGCGCGCCCCGGCCGCCCCUUAUGCAAAAAAAAAAAAGGGGCCCCGGCGCCCGGCGCGGCUCCCGAACAAGCCAUACUUUCCCUAGUACCUCGGACUGUUUGCCGGCAGGUAAAGCAGAAAUCAGGUGUGUUGUUCUAUUUAUUUUGCGUGUAAAUAUUGUAUUUCUUCGGGGGAAGUUUUAUGGGGAACCGACGAACCCAGCAGCGGCACAAAAAGCAAGCGAAACGCGACGACGUAAAUAAAUAACUAAAUGGAUAAAUAAUAAUAAUAAUAAAAGAG